AUGGCAGCGCGGUGCCCAAGGUCGUACUUCCAAAGUCAUCAGGUGAUAGUGAGAACAGAUCACCCGAUCGCGAAAAUCUUGUGCAAACCCAACCUGGCCGGGAGGAUGGUAGGAUGGUCCGUGGAGUUGUCUGAAUUCGGGCUACAAUUCGAACCACGAGGGUCAAUCCGAGGACAACAUUUGGCUGACUUUGCGGUCGAAUUACCUUGGGAGGAAGAAUGCCCCCGAGAGUGGACCCUUUACGUGGAUGGCUCUUCCGAGCGGUCCGGGGGAGGCGCAGGAAUUGUGUUGGAGGGACCGGAUGGCUUUGUUGUUGAACAGGCAAUCGUCUUUCGGUUCAAAAUAAGUAAUAAUCAAGCCGAGUACGAAGCAGUAAUAGCCGGGCUCGAGCUGGCCAAAGACUUAGGGGCGGCUUCGGUCAAAUGCCGAACGGACUCCCAAUUCGUGGUGGGUCAACUAACUGAGAGCUUCCAAACCAAAAAUGAUCAGCUGCUUCGAUAUUAUCAUAAGGUAAAGGAGUUAGUGAAGCAGUUCCGUAUGGUGGAAUUCAAGCAUGUACCAAGAGAGCAAAAUGUAAGGGCGGACGUUUUAUCCAAACUCGCCAAUUGUAGAGGAAAGGAUCACUUAUCGUCGGUUAUAAGGCAAGUUAUGAUGAAUCCUUCGGUGGAGUGCUUGGCGGUUCACGAGGUUUCCAGUGAACCUGAUUGGAGGAAGGCCAUAAGAGAAAUUAUUCAGAGGAAAGAGAGCGGUUCACACAUCCGAGCGGUUGAAGCAAAGAAGGCCGCUCGGUUUUUAGUAAUAGGAGAGGAUCUGUAUAAGAGAGGAUUCUCCUCACCCUUGUUGAAAUGUGUAUCCGCGAAGGAAGCUGAGUAUGUGAUGAGGGAGCUACACGAAGGGGCGUGUGGAAUGCACACAGGACAACAAUCUUUGCGCGCUAAGGUGAUAAGAGCGAGCUAUUUCUGGCCGACGGUGGAAAAAGACUGCAGGAUGUUUGUACAGAGGUGUUUGAAGUGUCAAGAGCACGGCAAAAACCUCAACCUACCACCGGUAGAGUUACACAGUUUGAUGUCUCCGUGGCCGUUCGCGCAGUGGGGGAUGGAUAUAGUGGGUCCCUUUCCAGUGGGUCGAGCUCAGAAGAAAUUCUUGUUGGUAGCCAUUGAUUAUUUCACCAAGUGGAUAGAGGCGGAGCCGCUCGCAACGAUCACGGCGGCGAGGGUUCAAAAGUUUGUAUGGACGCUCAUAUGCCGAUGGAUUCCCCAAGACCAUAAUUACGGACAACGGGCGGCAAUUCGUCGACAAACGAUUAAGGGAGUUCUAUGA